AUGUCGAUUCCAGGCUUGGGUCAAUUCUCUUCGGCGGCGACGACAGCAGCCUCCGCCGCGGCCGCCUCGGCAUCGGCCAUCACCACCAUCUCGCUGCAGCCCUUCUGGGAAUACCGGUUCGAGGUCCCCUUCUCGUCCUCGCUGACCAUUCGCCUGCUGUCGGGCACGGCCGAGAAGGAUGGCACCGAGCUCGCCCCCAAGAACCCCUACACCUUCAGCGGCACAAAGUCCAAGAUCAACACCUGGCUCGGCUGCGAGCUCGAGGUCACCUCCGACAACCCGGGCGCCUACGAUGCCUACACGGCCGAGCACGCCGCCGACGAGAGCCCUCUGGUCUCGUACCUGAACCUGCACAUGAAGCUCGAGGGCCUGCGGUCCACCGCCGCCAAGGCCAUGAACACCGAGGCCAUGGGGCCUCGCGUUCUGGUGGUCGGCCCCGACGCCAGCGGCAAGACGAGCCUGGCCAAGAUGCUCACGGCCUGGGCGACGCGCAUGGGCCGCCAGCCGCUGGUGGUCAACACGGACCCCACCGAGGGCAUCCUGAGCCUGCCGGGGACCCUGAGCGCCGCCGUCUUCGCGACGCUGAUGGACGUCACGACCGAGUGGGGUGGCACGCCGACCUCGGGCCCGGCCGGCAUCCCCGUGAAGCUGCCGCUGGCUUACUACUACGGCCUGGAGCGCCCGGACCAGAACCCGAAGCUCUUCAGGAGCCUGCUCAGCCGCCUCGCGGCCGCCUCGACGAACCGCCUGUCCGAGGACCCCGACGUCAGGCACUCGGGCAUGGUCAUCGACUCGGCGGCCGUCGAUGCGUCGAAGCCCGGCGACCUCGAUAUCCUGGCACACAUCGUCGCUGAGUUCUCGGCCAAUAUCGUCGUCUCCCUGGGCUCGGAACGCGUGACAGCGGAACUUGCGCGGCGCUUCGCCGGCCAGAAGACGAGUCUCGGUGAGGAGAUUGCCGUUGUCGGCUUGGACAAGAGCAGUGGCGUUGCGGAGAGGGAUGCCGCGUUCAUGCAGAGGGUCAGGGAGAAGGCCAUCAAGGAGUACUUUUUCGGAGAUGCAAAGAAGAACCUCAGUCCCGGGACGCAAAACAUUGGCUUUGAGAGUGUUACGGCGUGGAAGGUCGCCGAAGCUCCUGACUCGACCUCGGCUGAGGAUGACGACGAUUUCUACGACCCAGGCGCUACGGACUCCGUCGUAGAGAAAGUAGAGCCGUCCGACAUGAUGCUCAACUGCACGCUUGCCGUCAUGUACGCCGGCACACGCGAUCCACCGGAUGCCAUUCGCGACGCCAACGUCAUGGGCUUUGUCUAUAUCACCGACGUCGAUGAGAAGAAGAAGCGCCUCAAGGUUCUGGCUCCCGUGAACGCCAGACUUGGUGAUCGACCGCUCCUAUGGGGCAGCUGGCCUGAACCCAUGGUCAGCUUGCUAGGCUGA